UUCAUCUUCAUCUUCGACAAUAGCUUGGAACCCUUUCUGAACGUCAUGAAUCACUAGUUUGAUUAUAUAAUUACGCGAUACCAGCUCGUUACCGAACGGGACCCAUAAAGUAAAUCAAUCCCAUCCCAAAACACCCCCUCCUGUCGGAAUUAACAAAUUCGAUCUCCGAUCUGAUCUGAUCUGAUCAUAGAUCAUACCCUACCCACCCACAGGAAGUGAAGCUCUGCAUCAAAGUCGGAGUAAUUUUGUAAUCUAUUAAACAUGGUUUACCACUCUACAUUUGUGGAUGAUGAAGGAAUAACUAAAGCUUGUGGGUGCCCCCUACUUCCUCUCAAAAGUCACAUAAGAGGACCUGCACCAGUUUCAGAUCAAGCCACAACCGACAUAAUCGACGAAGCAAUCACGUUCUUUAGGGCAAAUGUGUUCUUCAAGAACUUUGACAUCCAAAGCCCAGCCGAUAAACUCCUUAUAUAUUUGACAUUUUAUAUAAAUGUGGCCUUGAAGAGGCUUGAAGGCUGCAGAACCUUAGCUGAAGGGACAAAGGCCGUAAUUAACCUCGGUUUGGAAGAUGUCCCGGUACCUGGAGAAUCUGGUUUCCCUUUUCCUGGCCUGUUUCCGUUACCUGGGUCUAAGCAAGAAGGAGAUCUAUUACGGAAUUACUUGAAGCAAAUAAGGGAAGAAACAAGUGGGAGAUUGCUAAGCGUCGCAUACAGACCUAAUGGAACUCCAAAUAAGUGGUGGUUGGCUUUUGCUAAACGCAAGUUUAUCAACACCAUUGCUCUUUAGAUCACAACCCCCACAUUAUAUGUAUGUUAACUGAAUUACCUUCCAAUGUUCUCGAUACCAUUUAUGAAAUAAAGUUACAUUUCAUCAUUCAUGUGUUU